AUGGCAAACUCUCAAGAAUUGACCAUAGGAUCUAUUGUCACUUUCAUGACAAGAGAUACUGGAGUGCGGUUUGAGGGAACGAUCUACCAUAUUAGCCCACAACCACAAGGGACUCUUUUGGGAAUCAAGAAUGUAUUUGUGUGGAGGAUGGAUAAGAGAUGUGAAUUUGGCUCAGAGAUUAACUCCUUAUCUCUAAACAAGAUUAUGGGACUUCACGUAAUUGGUGGUGCAAACAUAACCAAUACCAAUCAGGAUGGUACGAACAAUAAUUGCGGUGAUGAACUUGAGGGCAAGAUGGAAUCUCUUCACCUCGAUCCAGCUUUAGAAUGA